AUGCCAAACUGUCCAAUUAAUUUUUAUCGAGUUAAACGGCAUUUGCUACCGAAUGCUUCCGCUUCACCUUCGUCAUUGACUACUUAUAUUUGUCCAGUCUGUUGUGAAGCGUCAACAUCGCCAAAUCGCUGUAGCGACGUUAAUUGUACACAACACACAGGCUUUCGUACAUCACCAAUAUCUUAUUUACGAAUUCCAAUACUUCAACAGUUACGAGAAAUUCUUGCUCAUACACAUGCAUUGAAUUUUGAACAACAAAAAUCUGCUUCAAACAUUGAUACAAUGAAUGAUAUAUAUGAUGCAGAAACGUAUCAACGUAUAAUAAAGAAAGAGGCAGGAAAGAACUUUUUAACUCUAUUAAUGAAUGUCGACGGUAUUCAAGUUGCAAAAAGCUCAAAUUUAUCUCUUUGGAUAUUUACAUUGGUCAUUAAUGAAAUCAAAAGAAGUGAACGGUUUAAAUUAAAAAACGUCAUAGUAGGUGGCAUUGCAUCAACUGUAUCAAAACCCAGCCGUCAUCAGAUGCAAGCACUUCUAUCACCUAUUGUAAAAGAACUUGUUGUUUUGGAACAAGGUGAAACUUUUAAAGUAAAAUGUUUGAAUGAAAACUCAAACAUACGUCUUAAAAUAUUCUUGAUUGCAUCUUGCUGUGAUAAGCCGGCACAAUGUUUGGUUCAAGGAAUUAGUGAACCAAUAGGAGCUUUCGGUUGCGGACGUUGUGAACUGGAAGGUAAGAAUAUGGGUAUUAUUUACAGUGUUCUUAUGUUAAUGAAUCAAAUUACUAAUUUAGGGGAAACAGUGGCUGUUAAACCGAAUUCAAAGAAGAAAAUUCGAGUUUUUCCUCUUGUUCCUAAUCAUCAAGAACAGCCUCGCUAA